AUGCACCGCACCACCCUGAACGCCCGCCACCCUUGCAUCCAGCAGUCGACCCGAGUCUUGUUCCAUUCGAAAAUCGAGUCCUGCCCAGGACUGCUUCUGCCCGCUCACGGUGCCGGCACGAUCACGAGAAGCACGAGAGCUCCGUCCUGCUCCUGGUGCCGACACGACAUCAGCAUCCUCGUUACCCCCGCCUCCCCUGUCAAGCGUCGAGUCCGCCGUCGAGUCUCAACCAAAACGGCUGCCCGCGUCACCCCGAUUCGGAGCUUGCUUGCCGCAGGCGACGAACACUUGAGCCCCGAGGAGUGCGAGGACGAGUGCUCUGGACGCGCAUCCCGUGCACGACGGCGCGGAGCCGUAGACGCCUUGGCACGGCCAGCCCUUGGCCGGUCGUCCACCGAGCUUGUCCGGGCUCCGAGCUCAUCGGCGACAUCGAGCGUCGACGACAUCGAGCACGGCUCGGGAAGCAAACAUUCCUCGCCCUCCGGCCCUCCUCCUCCUCCUCGCGUCGCCCAGGCCGACGGACGCGACGCUCUCCUUUCCGACACCCUCGGCAGUGGUCUGCGCGCGGCGAGACGGCGACGGGCGGCCGUGACGAUGCAGGCCCAGCGCGAGCGCGUGCCCGAACCGGCCAUGCCCAUCUCCGUGACCAUCUGCGGCGACGGCGGCUGCGGCAAGUCGUCCAUCACGCUGCGCCUCGUCCGCUCGCAGUGGACGUCCGAGUACGACCCGACCAUCGAGGACUCGUACAGCGUGACGCGCCGCAUCGACGGCACCACCUACCACCUCUCGCUCACCGACACGGCCGGCCAGGAGGAGUACCGCGGCAUGUGGGCCUCGUCCAACCUCGGCGCCGACGCCUUCCUGCUCGUCUACGACAUCACCUCGCGCGACUCCCUCGACGCCCUGCAGUACUUUGACGACCUCAUCGACAUGGAGGCCGAGACGCGGCUCGACAACGCCGAGCGCGCCCGCCGCGCCGGCCUGAACCCCGUCCACGCCAACGCCGGCAACGCCAGCGGCUCCAAGACGGUGCCGCCCGUCAAGAUCGUCGCCGGCAACAAGUGCGACCUGCAGGAGAGCAGGCAGGUGCCGGCCGCCCAGGGGCUCGACUGGGCCCGCCGCCGCGGCUGCGGCUUCAUGGAGACGAGCGCGCGCCUCGAGGUCAACGUCGAGGAGACGUUUGCCCUCAUCGUCCGACGCGUCGUCGAGCGCCGCCGCCUCGCCGAGAUGGGCGUCCUCGACAACACCGAGAUGAACGCGCGCGGCAUGACGAAGCCGCUGACGCCCCUGCCCGCCGACGAGGUCCUCGACGAGAAGCGCGGCGGCGUCCUCCGGGGCCAGACGCUGCUGACGGAUCGCCGCCGUCGCCGCGAGGCCGGCUUCUGGAGGAAGCUGCGCUGCUGGUGA